AUGGACAUUCAAGUAGAUGAAGCAGUUUUACAAAAGGCCAAGGCGCUUCAACAAGCAAACGAAGAAGAGAUAAAAUUGAAAAAAUUAAAACCACAAUCAGAGGGAUUACUAACUCCAAAGUGCAACCUCCUUCAGGUGACCGAUAAGAGUUGUAGAAGUAGAGUACGAAUCUGUAAGGUGUUAAAUGUCCCCAAAAGUGAAACUGAAUUUAAUGAUUCUUUGAGGAAAAAUGAAUACAUAGAUCAGAUAAUUACCGUGUGUGGUUGGAGCAAAGCUGUGAGGAAGCAAGGAGGAGGUAGGUUCUGUUUUGUGAACCUAAAUGAUGGUUCUUGCCAUUUAAAUUUACAAGUAAUUGUUGACCAAUCUAUAGAGAACUACGAGAAAUUACUGAAGUGUGGAGUUGGGUGUUGCUUCCGAUUCACAGGGACGUUAAUAAUCUCUCCUGUCCAAAAUGAAGAGAAAAAAGGACUCUUAAAGGAAAAUGUGGAAUUGACAUUGAAGGAUAAUUCUAUUCAUAACUUUGAGAUUUAUGGAGAAAAUUUAGAUCCUCAGAAGUAUCCACUUUCGAAGAAGAAUCAUGGGAAAGAAUUCUUACGAGAAGUAGCUCACUUAAGACCACGAAGUUACUUCAUUAGCUCAGUUAUUAGGGGUGGUGGGGAGAUGUUCACUGUGACGACGCUUUUGGGGGAGGAUGCUGAUUAUAGUGCCAUUCCUCGGGUGAAGAAGCAGACCAAGGAGGGGAAGAAGCGGGAGGACGCUGUGGCCGCUGUGGCUGCUGUGGCCGCAGGGGUCGGGGGAGAUGGCCAUGGGAACGGAUGUAACAGUGCAGAUGGUCAUGGUACUCAACCCGCACAGUACCUGAUCGACUACAAGAAGGACUUCUUCAGCAAGCAGGCCUUCCUCACAGUGAGUGGUCAGUUAUCCUUAGAGAAUAUGUGCUCCUCCAUGGGGGAUGUAUACACCUUUGGACCCACCUUCCGAGCGGAAAAUUCACACACUUCGAGACAUUUGGCGGAGUUCUGGAUGAUAGAACCAGAAAUAGCAUUCGCAGAUCUAUACGACAAUAUGGAGUUGGCCGAGUCAUACAUCAAAUACUGCAUAGGGUAUGUGCUCAACAACCAUUUCGAUGACAUAUAUUACUUCGAGGAAAAUGUCGAGAAGGGUUUAAUCAGUAGACUCAGAAAUAUAUUUAGUGAAGACUUUGCGAAGAUAACCUACACAAAUGUGAUCGACCUUUUGUUACCCUACUCGGAUAAAUUUGACGUGCCGGUGAAAUGGGGAAUGGAUUUACAGUCGGAGCACGAACGGUUUGUAGCGGAACAGAUUUUUAAAAAGCCUGUCAUUGUGUAUAACUACCCUAAGGACUUAAAAGCAUUCUAUAUGAAAUUAAAUGAGGACAAGAAAACAGUUGCUGCUAUGGAUGUACUGGCCCCCAAAAUUGGAGAAGUUAUUGGUGGAUCCCAAAGAGAGGAUAAUUUGGAACUUCUAGACAAAAUGAUUAUUGAGAAGAAGCUGAACAUGGAGAGCUACUGGUGGUAUAGGCAGCUUCGGAAAUUCGGUUCGCACCCGCAUGCCGGUUUCGGCCUGGGGUUUGAGAGACUCAUUAUGCUCGUCACCGGGGUGGACAACAUUAAGGACACCAUUCCGUUUCCGCGCUACCCUGGCCACGCGGAGUUCUGA